CAUGAACAGAACCACAUAAUUGAUGGGUCUCCCCCUCUUUCUCUCUCCUCUGAGCCCAUCUCUCUAUCAAUCUUUUACAUGAGCUCUCGCUCUCUCUCCCUCUCAUCAUUCAUUAGUUCUUGAGAGAUGGUAUGAUUCUAAUUAUACUUUGCUUUAUCUUUCUUAGAUUUGAAGAGCUUCUUGCUCCAUAAACAGUAGAGAGAGAAAGCUUUAAUUGUGAGGGAUCAGACAGAAGAAUCGUGCUAAUCAGUGAAGUUAGGCGCAAACACCCCCACUUUCUACUUUUGCAUAAUUAGGUCAAAUCUCAUCCACCACCAUACUCUCUCCUCCCAUUUUCCCUUCUUUUCACAAUUUCAAAACUAGGGUUUCAUUUCUUGAAUCUUUAACUUCUCUCUCAAACAAGAAGAUGAAUCAAGAAGAAGAGAAGCCUGUGGAAAAAGCUUCUUCAAUGGAGAGAGAGCACAUGUUUGACAAAGUAGUAACACCAAGCGACGUAGGGAAACUAAACCGACUCGUGAUCCCAAAGCAACACGCGGAGAGAUUCUUCCCUUUAGACAACUCUGACAACAACAAAGGUUUGCUUCUAAACUUCGAAGACCGAACAGGAAACUCAUGGAGAUUCCGUUACUCUUACUGGAACAGUAGCCAAAGUUAUGUAAUGACAAAAGGUUGGAGCCGCUUCGUCAAAGACAAGAAGCUUGAUGCUGGCGACAUCGUGUCUUUUCAAAGAGAUCCUGGUAAUAAAGACAAGCUUUUCAUUGAUUGGAGGAGACGACCAAAGAUUCUAGAUCAUCAUCAUCAAACUGCUUAUCAAUUCUCCGGAGCUACGUUCCCUAUCUUUUACUCUUUCUCUAAUCCUCAGAACCUUUAUCAUCGAUAUCAGCGAGAUCUUGGAAUUGGGUAUUAUGUGAGGUCAAUGGAGAGAGAUCCAGCGGCUGUAAUUGAAUCUGUGCCGGUGAUAUUGCAAAGGAGAGCAGCACACGUGGAUGCUAUGGCUUCAUCAAGUGGAGAGAAGAGGUUAAGGCUGUUUGGAGUGGAUAUGGAGUGGGGCGGAGGAGGUGGAGGAAGUGUGAAUAGCACAGAGGAAGAGUCAUCGUCCUCCGGUGGUAGUAUGUCACGUGGCGGCGUUUCUAUGGCUGGUGUUGGUUCUCAUCUCCAGUUGAGGUUAGCGAGCAGUGAUGAUGAGUCUUUAGUAGCAAUGGAAGCUGCAAGUGUCGAUGAGGAUCAUCACUUGUUUACAAAGAAAGGAAAGUCUUCUUUGUCUUUUGAUGAUUGACUAUGAGAUUAAUCACUACUUUAAUACGCGUUAUAUAUGAUAAUUAUACAUAUUAUAUAUAUAUGUGACACAAGGAUGUCGUUCAAGAUUUAGUGAUUAUAUUAAUAAAUGUGAUGUGUUCUUGGCAAACAGAAAAAAGAAUUAUGUUCUUAAGAUUCAAAUUUGGUUACAACCGAAGUCUUUUGUUUUGA